AAAUCAUUCAAGUUUCAACCAGGUUCUUGUUGAUACUGAUCGGUACUCCUUUAUCAGAGAAUGAGCUUUCCUGAUCCAACAGCACCGCUACAUUCCUUCGUGUCGUUGCCAUAUGCUGGAGGUGAUCUGGCAGGAUUUUGGCCUCCCCUGCAGGUGAAACAUGAUCACCUUGAGCUGUAUCCUCAGUUUUUGAACGAGCCCCCUUUUAAAAGAUCAAGAAUUUCGGAAAACAACCCACCAAAUUCUGCAACUUUCCAAAAUUUGAAAGUGAACCCACCAAAUCUCCCCGGAAAAGGAUCAAACCAUAUAUUUUAUAAGACGCGCAUGUGUAUGAAGUUCUUGGAAGGGAACUGUAGAAAUGGUGAGCACUGUACAUUUGCCCAUGGUCCGGACGAUCUGCGAGAGCCUCCUCCAAAUUGGCAGGACAUCAUCAAGGAUAGAGGAGGAGCAGGGAACUGGAGUAAUGAUCAGAAAGUAACACCUAGGGUAAAGAUUUGCAAGAAGUUUUACAAUGGAGAGGAAUGCCCUUAUGGUGAGAGGUGUAACUUUCUACAUGAACGCUCGCCACAGUUUAAGAAUGAUAUUAUGAGAGAUCAAGUGGAAAGCUCUGUCAUAAGCAUUGGAACAACCACUCAUAUGUUGGGGAGGAGAGGCGAGACCGACCAGUUUGAGAUUAACCAACAUUCAAGUCUUGAUCCAGAUACUUACCGGAUCAAAACUACAUCUUGGAAAACAAAGAUAUGUAGCAAGUGGGAAAUCACAGGGCAGUGCCCAUUUGGCGAUAGGUGUCACUAUGCUCAUGGCCAAUCAGAGUUAAAUUCUGCUUUUGUCCGAAAUGAGAACGAAGCAACAACAAAUUUUGGUUCGAUCCCAAACAAGCCUCACCUUCCCGUGCUCGAUCAACCCCCUGCAAAUGCAGUGCAGUGCGCUCCUGUGAAUGAAAAGCAAGAAGAGGGCAAGAAGUUUUUGAAAUGGAAAUUAAGCAAGAAAAUAUGUCCAAUAUAUGCUGAUUGGAUUGACGAUUUAGUCCCUCCUCACCUCUUGGCUGGUAAAGCAGAAGCUGAAUUUUGAGCUCAUGAAUAGGAGGCACCGGGGGGUGGGGUGGGGGGGGGGGGUGGGGGCUCCAGAAUGAACAUUUAAAACACCCCUUCAUUUCUUUCUAUUAUUAUCUUUGAGUUUUGGUUCUCUUUUUCUACACAGUUGGUUUUUUGGGGUUGGUAUUUGAUUUACAUAUUCUUUUGUUGUAAAGAAUUGUAAUAAGAUGUUAUUCAUGGG